AUGAGCAGCCGGCAUGUCCGGGCUUCUGUGGGGAGUAAGCGGGGGCAGCGGUGGGGCCAGACCACGGAGGAUGCACAGGCCGCAGGAGGGCUGAGAAGGCUUUGGAGCAAGCGCUUUAGUGAAGGCCCUGUUGAGGCCUCGUCACCUGCAGCUUUCCUGGAGCCCCUGCGCCGGCUCAGCCCAGCCAUUCAAGCAGGGCACAGCGGGGGAGCCAUGAUAGGCACUUCCAUUCAUCAAGCUGUUUGGACCAUUCACAACACAGGAGAGAGCAGCGUGUAA